AUAUAAAUAGAAACAAAUUAUUAUCUGAGAAUAUAGAUAGAGGCCGGAGAACAAGUUUCUGACACAACAAUCCACUUCCUUGGAUGCGAUAUCCCAGAACACGGUACAACGUUUGAUGUUGCAGGGCACAGACAUACCAUGGCUGAGAGGCCUCGGAGAAAUGAGGCCUAUGCUUCACUUGCUGCUGCCACUUACCAUCCACUGGAUAGCUGAGGAGAUGACAGUUUCUGUUCUUGUUGAUGUCACAACCUCUGCUUUGUGCCCUGGAGACUCAACUUGCUCCAAAGCUAUUUAUAUCAACGGCCUUCAACAAACGAUUGUUGGAGUUUUCAAGAUGAUGGUAAUUCCACUGUUGGGUCAACUUUCAGACGAGCAUGGUCGCAAACCCUUGCUCCUUUUUACCAUCUCCACGUCUAUAUUUCCCUUUGGUAUGCUAGUUG